ACCCAAAGGGCCAUCGGCAACAGCGAUGGCAGCAGGUGCAAUGACUGACACUCGAACGGCGGCGGUGGCUGCCCUCCGAACUCAAACUUGUACUCUCUUGGUCCGCAAUCUCCACUGCGUUGAGCUCCGAGAGACAUUUCGAUAGCGCUGUUUCCGAAAACCCGCCGGAAACGUAGACCAUACAUAGCCUACUGCUACGGUACCCUUCAGAGGAAAGGCAUCGACACCCAAUACUGCCCAUACCCUCAACGACUGGUCAACUUCAUGGCCAGCACCGAGCUGAGCGCACCAUAGCACAAUUCCAAAAUGCGAAGUCUAUCAUUCCCUACCCCCUUUCUAUCCGCCCUCCUCCUCCUUCUCCACACCUGCACACACACCACCGCCCAACAAGGAAUCAACGUCCCCGCCGGCCUCCAACUCUGCCCCUGGCCCCCUCUCCCCUCCAUAACUUACCACCUCCUCUCCCGCACGCCCUCCCCUGUCGGCCUACAAUGCUUCUCGGCACUUAUGGCCACCGCCGACGCUCGACCGGGGGCUGGGUCAUGGAGUAUCGUCGAUGGGUGUAAUGCUGCGGACGCGAACCAGCAGGUUCAGUUUAGGGACGUAGGGGGUGGGCAGUGGCAAGUGGUGGUGCCGGGGAAGGGUGUGUGUUUGUAUACGGAUAGUGUGUUUGUGGGGCCUGGGAGUGUAGUGCAGCAGUCGGCCGUUUGUGCGGUUGGGACCCCUGCUACGGGGUGGAAGAUCAAUAGUCUGCAGGAGAAUUGUAAGUGUUUUCGAGGGUGGAAGAAGAUCAUUGCGAUCGGACUUGGACAAGCAAAGAUCCACUUUCCAUGCAUCCAUCGACUAACAGUUCCAUCUCCUUACGUUUUAGCCUUCUCAGCGCAACUGCUCAACCCCUCAACACAACCACCGUCCUGUGUCGGCAUCGGCAACGUUGCCAAUCGCAAAUCGGUCGCAAACGGCGACCCAGUUGGCUUCUAUCCGUGCGCCACGGAUUUCACCGGCCUGCGGGAUCAGUUCUUUGCGCUCCUGGCGCCUAAUUGCGGGAAUGCUGCGGUGAGGAGUCGGGUGCCGGCGACCGUGGCUCCGACAGCCGUGGCGGUUUUGACUCCGGUUGUUGCACCUACGCCUAGCAUCCCAGCGGCAACAAUCCCCGCAGUAUCAACACAAUCGACAGGAACGACGUCAACCGCCCGUGCAGCGCCCACAACCCUCUCCGGCAUCGUCCUCAACUCCACUCCAACCACCAAUCAAACCGUCGCUCCACCGCAGUCCUUCAAUAACAACGCAACAACCCCCGCCCGCGUCCCAUUCCCACGCAUCCUUCCCGCCGCACAGCAACAACAGAUACGAGUCGACCCCACAUCCGUGAGCGCGGUCAGGGGGCUGCGAAAGAAGAUUGGGCUUGCGAUUUUGGUUGAUCUGGUGCCGGUGGCGGCUGUUGCUGCGGUGGUAGCGAUGGUGGGCUUGGGGAGGAAGUGGAGGGAUUGGAGGGGCCGGAGGAGGGUGGUGGGGAAGGCGUAAACAUGGACUAUUAGCGGCGAUAAACGUAGAUUUUCGUCGUAGCUGGUGGGGCGCUUCCGUUUUUGGCCUUUUGGCCGGGAUAGAUAGAGAUUUGGGCCGUGGUUUUGCGUUUUCCCGCGAGGCAGGUCCUCGAUGGAGCUGCUCCCUGCCACUCAUGUGUACCGCACUUUCUUAUAUAUCACUCUUUUUGCAAAAUUGUACUAUACAUCGCAUCAAUACACCUAUUACCUAUGGCACGGCGUAGCUUCAACAAAACAUGCAUGAUUGUACCGUACAUUCGAUCCCAC